UGAGAGUGAAUCUACCAAAUGAGCUAAUGAAUGGAGGAAAUCACUCAGUAGUGUCUGAAUUUGUGUUCCUGGGACUCUCCAAUUCCUGGGAGAUUCAGAUUUUUCUUUUUUGUUUUUCUUGUCUCUUCUAUGUUUCUAGUUUGACAGGAAACUUCCUCAUAGUCAUCACUGUAUCCUUUGACCGUUACUUGUACUCCCCCAUGUACUUUCUGCUGGCCAACCUUUCUGUUAUUGAUUUGAUAUUUUGCUCCGUUGCAGCACCCAAGAUGAUUUGUGAUCUUUUCAAGGAGAAGAAAGUCAUCUCUUUCGGGGGCUGUAUGGCUCAGAUCUUUCUCAACCAUGCUGUUGGGGGUACUGAGAUGGUGCUGCUCAUAGCCAUGGCCUUUGACAGAUACGUGGCCAUAUGCAAGCCUCUCCACUACUUGACCAUCAUGAGCUCACGAAUGUGCACUUUGAUACUAGUCGUUGCCUGGGUCAUCGGUUUCAUCCACUCACUGAGCCAGCUGGUGUUUGUUGUAAACUUGCCCUUCUGUGGCCCUAAUGUGUUAGACAGCUUUUACUGUGACCUCCCUCGAAUCAUCAAACUCGCUUGCACAGAUACCUAUAAACUUGAGUUUAUGGUCUCUGCUAACAGUGGCUUCAUUUCCUUAGGUGCUUUCUUCUUGCUCAUCCUCUCAUACAUCUUCCUCCUGUCCUCUCUUCAGAAACACUCCUCAGGAGGUUCAUCCAAGGCACUUUCUACUCUGUCAGCUCAUAUUACUGUGGUGAUUUUAUUCUUUGGUCCACUUAUAUUUUUCUACACGUCGCCAUCUCCCUCAACACAUCUGGACAAAUUUCUAGCCAUAUUUGAUGCACUUGUGACCCCUUUACUAAAUCCGGUCAUCUACACAUUCAGGAACAGAGAGAUGAAGAAUGCAAUGAAGAGAGUAUUCAGGAGGGUCAUGGCUUCUUAGAAGAAUCGCUGAAAUGGCUUGGUUGAAAUAUGAAGAUUCCAAGUGACUGUUGCAAGUCUAUCAGAGCCAGUGCUUAUGGGGAAAGGACUUUCUACUUGCCAACAUUGUGAGUGCUCAUGGAACUUCAUCGCUUAUAGGGUCUGUCUUGUUACAACUGGAGAAUGGGUGACAUUCCUCCUUGAAGAGAAAGAAGGAUUUUUACCUAAAAUAUAUAGAGAUAAAAUUAUAUCGACUCUUGUUUUUUAUUUUCUGAAAGAACUGUGUCAAUUAAAAAAUAAUAGCUUUCACAGAUAUUAGAUAAUUGUGUAAAUAACUUAUUUCUCAGGAAAACUGUACACUGCUUUCAAGCCUUCCUGCCCCAUAAUUGGUGUACUUGUUAGCAGCAUGCUUUCCUAUCUGCUUGCAUCCCAUAGAUCUUUUUCAUUUGUUUGGCUUUGCUAUGUCAGCCUUUCAAUUAUGGGUGAAAAGGAUAAAUGUUUAGGAUUUGUGACCUUUUACAUAUUCUGAUCCAAAGAUCUUGCUUUCAUGUUUUGUUGGAUAUUUUUUCUACCUUAUUUUCAGUCAAGUAGAUCU